AUGCAGGAGAAAAGUCUGGUGGCAAAUGAAUCAGUUAGUUUGUUUCAAGUUCCAGCGCCACAGCGUGUCAAUGUUCUCCUAGUUCUUUCGGUUUGGCUUUGGUACGGCAUCCUGAGGUUCCUAAGUGCUCACCACAUAGAUGUUAUAUCGAUCAUACAAACGAGAACAUCAAGCGAUAUGAGGCAAUUUCCUACACAUAGUCAACUAUUGCGUAAUACAAAGGCAUUUGCUAUAAAAUUAUCAAAAAUUAUAUUCCCAUGUCAUUUAAUCACAGCAAUGUUAUUUAUAAUAUCUCAUAGUGUUGAACUAGGCCCACUUAUUGGUACUAUGAUACAUGUAUUACCACUUUUUCAAUUUGCCUUGAUUGUAACAUUGAUUGUGCAACGUUCUGAAAUAAUACUAUAUUGCUCAAAGCGAUUGCCUCUCAUAGAAUCUGACCCACGUCCUUUAAGAAACGUUUAUAUUUUAUUGUCAGACUCUCUAACAUCUUUCACAAGGCCUCUAAUUGAUUUUACAUUAUUUACUUCGUUACUAUUUGGUGGACCAAUGACACAUUUCGAUCUGUUUAUAUCAGCGUUACCUUCCCUAGUAAGGGUUUUUCAAUGUUUGAGAGAGUUUAGUAAAGUUGAUGGGGCCCAUUUAUUGGCGAAUAUGUUUAAAUACUCAUGUAACAUCCCUAUUUUGGCGUGCACAUGGUAUUCUAGAGUUGACACUGAGGCAAGUUUGAAACAGAACUUUUUAACGCUACAAAUGUGGUUAAUGUUACUAAACUCUUGUUAUACCUUUUUUUGGGAUGUAAGAAUGGAUUGGCGUAUUACUUCUUUAACUAAAAUAAGAAAGACGACAUGUGCGUUGCCUUCAAUUAACUAUCAGCUUGCAAUAAUUUUCGACUUUAUGAUAAGAUUUUGGUGGAUUUGGAUCGCAUUAUACACACAGGACAAGACAAAUAGAUUUGUAUUCUUUGAUGGUGAAUUACACUAUUUAGAAAUUAUACGAAGAGCAUUGUGGGCAAUUUUCAAGUUAGAAUCAGAAUACACUCUAAGAUCAGUAUCUAAGGCCUGA